AUACAGUUUAAUUCAAAAACAAAAAAUGAAUAACAAAAGAACACAGAUAUCUAUUUUGAUAGUUAUUAUAACUGCCGUGUUGCCUUGUAAUGGAGUGAGUUUGCUACAACAGUUGGAGCAUAUUGCUAGAAGGCGGUUAGAAAGUAGAGGAGAACAUCCAUUGACGCGUAGAGUAUUUUUCAGCUUCGACCGUGGAGAAGUAACCAAUAUAGCGGGUGUUCCGCAUUCUCCUAAACAUCUACCUAUAGCCGAGCCUAUAUUACCAGGUCACACGCUUAUCAGACCCGCCUUGGGAAUGCUAAAAUCUUCAUUAAAAUUUCCACAUAUAGACUUUGAAGAUGGUUCAGGAGUUUAUGGAAGCGUGGAUAAUAUUGGACUUCGGUACAAUGGUGCUAUUGAAAGAGUUAUGUAUUCAGAUUUCCGUAGACGUGCUUCUGAUUAUCUUAUGGUUGUCCCAGAGAAAAAUAUAGAAAAUCAAUCAAAGCCAAGGUGA